AUGAACUUAGUAUUGAACUUGAAAGUGGAAAACCAGAGGAGGUCUGGAGAGAGAAAUGGAGCUGGACCACUUACCUUUUCUGGAUUUGGUGUCUGUGGUUCUCUUGGUGGUCUGGUUUUCAUGACUUGUCCUGCUGGAGCUGGAAGAAGGGUCUCUGGCUUUAAUGGCAUUUUACCUGGUAAUUUCAAGUUGAAUAAGGCAACGGAGCCUUUGCAUGGGCCUAAUUGUGUCAGAAAAUGGAGAAGGAAGCUUCUACUUCUCGGACUUUUAGGUUUUAUUACAAUUAUUUGGUUUUUCGUGGGUUUCAAUGAUGGUACUUUGGGGAUGAGAGAGAAGACUCCAGACAUGUCUGAAGGGAAAGCUCGGAUCCUGCAGCAGCAUUUCAAUGUCAGCAAGGACCAGCUUCUUGCUUUAGCUUCCUUAUUCUCCGAAUCAGAUCAGAUUGCAUCCCUUGAAUGUACCAAAGAACCAGGACUUGGAAUGAUGUUAAGUGAUGACAUUACCUGUGCUCUGAAGGUGCUAUGUUCAGAUAGUCAGGAGUUUCAGAAGCGUCAUAAAUGGGUCACAGAAAAUGUAGAAGCCAGGGACCAAUGCCUGGUUCAAGAUGAGAACAUCCCCAGGGAGCUUCACCUGUCAUUGCUAGAGGACAAAUCUGUAUCAUGCACUCCGAAGUCUACAAUUUCAGCUAAUAGGAUUUGUGAAAAGAAAAAUUUCGGAUCAGGGGUGCAGGUGGAGUGUGCAAAGGAUGAUUCUCAGAUGCUUUGCAUCAUGGUAAUACAAUAUUGGUGGGCUUUUGUUGGAUUGAUCUUGAUCUACAAAAUGUCUGGUUUUUCUUUGAAAUUGUGGAGGAACCAAAAACAAAAGCUCGAUCAUGAGUGGCCAUUUACUUGGCAACUGAAAAUGGUUCAAGAGCAGCCAUUGGCUCGGAGGGUGCAGCCAGAGAAACAGCAACAGCAAGCCCAAAGUCCUCCUAAGGUUGCUGGAAAGUGGAGGAAGAAUCUACUAAUAGUAUUUUUUGUAUUUGGAGUCAUUACGUCAUGUUGGUUAUUUUGGCACUUGAAUGAAAGAGAUUUUUUGUGGAGAGAAGAAACACUUGCCAACAUGUGUGAUGAACGAGCACGGAUGUUGCAGGAUCAGUUUAAUGUGAGCUUGAAUCAUGUUCAUGCUUUGGCUAUUCUUGUCUCCACCUUUCACCAUGGGAAACAUCCCUCAGCAAUUGAUCAGAAAACAUUUGGUGAAUACACAGAGAGAACAGCUUUUGAGAGACCCCUUACUAGUGGUGUUGCUUAUGCUUUAAAAGUUACUCAUGCUGAGAGGGAACAAUUUGAGAAGGAACAUGGAUGGACAAUAAAAAAAAUGGAAACUGAGGACCAGACUCUAGUCCAAGAUUUUCUUCCAGAAAGCUUGGCCCCUGCCCCUAUUCAAGAUGAAUAUGCACCUGUGAUAUUUUCUCAAGAAACUGUCUCUCAUAUUGUCUCUAUUGACAUGAUGUCAGGAAAGGAAGACCGUGAGAACAUCUUGCGAGCAAGGGCAACUGCAAAGGGAGUACUGACUUCCCCCUUUAAGCUAUUGAAAUCCAAUCACCUGGGAGUUGUACUCACUUUCGCUGUCUAUGAUACUGAUUUGCCUCCAGAUGCCACAUCAGAGCAUCGUAGUCAAGCUACUGUGGGGUAUCUAGGUGCAUCUUAUGAUGUACCUUCACUGGUGGAGAAGCUCCUGCACCAACUUGCCAGCAAGCAAACAAUUGUUGUGAAUGUUUAUGAUACAACUAAUGCAUCUGCUCCGGUCAACAUGUAUGGUACUGAUGUUAUUGAUACUGGUCUGUUGCACAUUAGCAAUCUUGAUUUUGGUGAUCCCCAACGCAAGCAUGAAAUGCACUGCAGGUUUAAGCAAAAACGUCCAUUUCCUUUGACAGCACCAAUAGCAAAAGUGGAGGCAGACUAUUGUGAGAUGAUGGAACUCAAAGUUCGUGCAGAAGCUGCAGAUGUGGCCAAAUCUCAGUUCCUUGCAACUGUUUCCCAUGAGAUCAGGACACCAAUGAAUGGUGUUUUAGGUAUGCUCCAAAUGCUGAUGGACACUGAUCUAAAACCGAACCAACAGGAUUAUGCUGAGACUGCUCAUGCUAGUGGGAGAGAGCUGAUAUCACUGAUAAAUGAGGUUCUUGAUCAGGCCAAAAUCGAAUCAGGCAGGCUGGAACUUGAAACUGUACCUUUUGAUUUGCGUUCAGUGCUUGAUAAUGUUCUUUCACUUUUGUCUGGGAAAUCUAAUGAGAAAGGGAUUGAGUUGGCUGUGUAUGUCUCCAAUAUGGUACCUGAGGUUGUCAUCGGGGACCCUGGACGCCUUCGGCAGAUAAUUACAAAUCUUGUUGGGAAUUCAAUUAAGUUCACCCAUGACAAAGGACACAUAUUUGUCUCGGUGCAUCUGGCAGAUGAAGUGAGGGCUCCACCGGAUGUUAUGGACGAAGUUUUAAGACAAGGCUUGAAUUUAGUUGGAGACAUCUCAAACAAAACUUAUAAUACAUUGAGUGGCUUUCCCGUUGUUGAUAGAUGGAAAAGCUGGGAAUGUUUUAAAGCAUUAAGCAGCACAACAAUGGAGGAACCUGAUAGGAUCAAAUUACUAGUAACAGUUGAGGAUACUGGUGUAGGAAUUCCUCUUGAUGCACAAAGUCGCAUUUUCACACCUUUUAUGCAGGCAGAUAGCUCAACUUCUAGAACUUAUGGCGGUACUGGAAUAGGAUUGAGCAUUAGCAAACGUCUGGUAGAUCUCAUGAGUGGGGAGAUAGGAUUUGUGAGUGAACCUGGGACUGGCAGUACCUUUUCAUUUACUGGAUCUUUUGGAAAGGGAGAAAACAGUUCUCUAGAGACAAAGUGGCAACAGUAUGAACCAGCUGUCUCAGAAUUUCAAGGGCUGAGAGCAUUGGUAAUAGAUAAAAGUAUCAUCCGAACUGAGGUCACAAAAUACCAUGUGCAGAGGUUGGGGAUAUUUGUAGAUACAGCUUCCAGUCUGAAAUCAGCAUGCUCUUAUCUAUGUAAUUCUGUCAAGACAAGUCUCUCCUCACAGUUGACCAUGGUUCUUAUUGACAAAGAUGUUUGGGAUAAAGAAACUGGUCUUACAUUCAGUCAGUCGCUUAAAGAGCACAGGCAAAGCAACAACGUGGAAUCCCUCAUAAACCUUCCGAAGAUAUUUCUCUUGGCUACAUCCAUUACACCUACUGAACGCAAGGAACUAACAUCUGCUGGUCUUGUAGAUGAAGUAUUGAUCAAGCCUCUUCGGUUAAGUGUCAUAAUUGCUUGCUUCCAAGAUGCCCUUGGAAGUCGUAAGAAGAGGCUUCUAAAUCUUAAAAAACCUACUCUGGGAAAGUUGCUGAGAGAGAAGAAAAUUUUGGUGGUGGAUGACAAUGCAGUUAACAGAAGAGUGGCUGAAGGUGCUUUAAAGAAGUAUGGAGCAAUUGUCACCUGUGUGGACAGCGGAAAGGCUGCUUUAUUAAUGCUUAAGCCACCACACAAUUUUGAUGCUUGCUUUAUGGAUCUCCAAAUGCCAGAAAUGGAUGGGUUUGAAGCAACUCGGCUGAUCCGUGGUAUGGAGAGUGAGGUAAAUGAGAAACUUACAUCCAAGGAACCAUCAAUUGAGAUGUUCGGCAACAUCCAAACUUGGCACACGCCAAUAUUGGCUAUGACGGCUGAUGUGAUUCAGGCUUCAAAUGAAGAGUGCAUGAAGUGUGGGAUGGAUGACUAUGUGUCAAAGCCAUUCGAAGAAGAACAGUUAUAUUCAGCAGUGGCACAUUUCUUUGAAUCCGGUUAA